CGGAGCGCCGUCCCAAGAUGGCGGCGUCCAGCGCGAAGUAUCAUCCUCUCACUUUCUGCUGAUAAAAACAGAAAGACUGACAGAUUUAAAACGUCGAAAAACGGCCCGGGACAACACGAACAGCCCAACCGGGACUUUUAAUCACCGAAGUCCGAUGUGUGUCACCGGUUCAGGGUCGGUUUUCGAGUGUUUUUAGGGCACAGCUCGGUGUUCUCCAGCCAUGGCCACCGAAAACAAACUUCAUUUUUGGAGGAGGAACGCAAAGGGUCCCGGAAGGUUUCUCAAAGACACUCCAAAGACAAACGUUGCGAACAUCAAAUCAAAGAAGCCAUCCACAUUCCACGAGUUUGCACGCAGCACUAACGAUGCUUGGGACAUCGAUGAUGAAGAAGACAAUGACUUCUUCGCUCCAGCACACCCCUCUUCCAUUCCCGCACAAUCGCACUCCAAGCCUCAAACGCCUCGUCUCAAAGUGUCCAAGCACUCUACUGACACAGAGCCGCAGCCCCAGCCACUGAACAGACUGGAGCCAGUAAGCACAGAGCUCUGCCAAGAUCAGCUGAAGAUUGACAGUGAGCCCACCAAUGGCAGGGUGGUGAAGUCCAAUAGUGAUGCCCAGCUGAAUAGUAAUACAGUGCGUGGCAUGCUUCAGAAACAGCAGUCUCUCCCCGUACGGCCCGUCAUCCCACUGGUCGCCCGCAUUUCGGACCAGAAUGCGUCAGGAGCUCCACCCAUGACCGUGCGGGAGAAGACCCGGCUGGAUAAGUUCAGACAGUUACUAGCCAGUCCCAACACAGACCUCGAGGACUUGCGGAAGCACAGCUGGUCGGGAAUCCCACGAGAAGUGCGGCCCAUCACUUGGAGACUCUUAUCAGGCUACCUCCCUGCUAAUAUGGAGCGUAGGGAGCAGGUUCUCCAAAGGAAGAGAGAGGAGUAUUUUGGCUUCAUUGAACAGUAUUACCACUCCAGAACAGAUGAGCACCACAGAGACACCUAUAGACAGAUCCACAUUGACAUCCCCAGGACAAAUCCACUUAUCCCAUUGUUCCAGCAGCCACUAGUGCAGGAGGUGUUUGAAAGGAUUCUGUUUAUCUGGGCCAUCCGGCAUCCAGCUAGCGGCUACGUUCAGGGCAUCAAUGACCUUGUCACGCCGUUCUUCGUUGUCUUCCUCUCUGAGUUUGUGGAGGAGGACGUGGAGAACUUUGAAAUGGCCGCCCUGCCUCUGGAAACACAGCGUAACAUCGAAGCCGACAGCUUCUGGUGUAUGAGCAAGCUUCUGGAUGGAAUACAGGAUAACUACACAUUUGCUCAGCCUGGCAUUCAGACCAAAGUGAAGGCUCUGGAGGAGCUCGUCAGCAGGAUAGACGAGGAUGUCCACCUUCACUUUAAGAAGUGUGAGGUGGAGUACCUGCAGUUUGCCUUCCGCUGGAUGAACAACCUGCUGAUGAGGGAGCUGCCGCUGCGCUGCACCAUCCGUCUGUGGGACACCUACCAGGCGGAGUCGGAGGGUUUCUCUCACUUCCACCUGUACGUCUGUGCGGCCUUCCUCAUCAAGUGGCGCAAAGAGAUCCUCUCCAUGUCAGACUUUCAGGGCCUGCUAAUGCUUCUGCAGAACUUACCCACAAUACACUGGGGCAACGAGGAGGUGGGCUUACUCCUGGCUGAAGCCUACAGGCUCAAAUACAUGUUUGCAGAUGCUCCCAGCCACUACAAAAGAUAAGGGUGUCCUGACUCACAGACAAACACAACCAUGACUCCCACACUAUCUCUGUCUCUCAGUCUAGAGGCAUUUCCUUAAUCUCCUGUUAUGUUCGCCGAGGCUGACGGGGAACACCAUGCUGCUGGGACGGCCAAAAAAAAACGAGAUCCUGAACAAAGUUCCCCUGCUGCAGCGCUGAUAGGCUUCGCUUUCAGCAGAUAAAGACUCAACACCACGUCUGAGAAGUUUUUUUGUGAAUCUUUUAUGAAACUAAUAACAAGACUGAGAAGGAAGCGGAACAGCUUCUCAGACGCUUUAUGAAAAAUGUUUUUAUUGCGUUUUAUUUUUUUAAUAACUUCUUGCAUUGUAUCUCCUUGCGCUCUUGAUUUCUCUAAAAUGGAGCAUCCACUCUUCCUUUUUUCAUACAACAAGUGAUCCCUUUUCUUUUUGGUCUCUGUGAGUGGCGUCUGUCUGCUGUGCUUGCUUCUUCCAUUGCUCUGUUGACUGGACCACAGCAGCAUCGGCUCCAUUCAUCUCCGAAGACAUCAGUGCAGCUGUUACUGCAGUGCUGUGAUAAAGGAAGGAAACUACAGCAGCCAAUCAGGGUCACUUGUGAUGAGAUGCAGCGGUACAUGUCUGUUGUCCCGUAAUAGAGUCGAGCGCGUUUUCAGCUCCACGCUUGUAGAAGACUGUGAAUUUUAACAAUCAAGGACGACGUCCUACUUUCUGAAGGUGGCCUAGCUUCAAGUGAAGCCCCCACAUAUUGCACAAAAAGGAGUUAAAGAUUAAAACAUGGGUACUUUUUUCCGCAGUAGCGGAGUUAACUACUGAGGCGAUGUUGCAAAGACAGCUUCACACUGAAGUGAAAUAUUAAUAAUAAGGUUCGUAGUGAGUGAAUCAGUCUAAUACGAGGGACUGUCUUUGCACCAGUUGUGGAAAAAAAAAACUACUGAGUCAGUAAUGCAAACUGAACUGUGUGGAUGUGGAAAAUUCUUGUGCAGCACAAAUAGUCUGCUUUCUCUUUGUUAAUGCCCUAAAAACUGCUAGUCGUCCUGUUAUGCUGAUCCCGGACCAGUUUUACGUUUGUCAUUAUUGGAGCACAUAGAAACUGAUCCCAGAUCUGCAUAAAAACAAUGAUGCUUUCUGUUGCUUUCUCUCUUUUUUGGGGGGGAGAAAUGAGUUUCCUACAAGGAGGUGCACAUGAAAACCCUUCUGAGCUGGAUAAUGACAUUGGAUGCUUUGAAAUUUUCAGUGUAGGACAAAGUGACCAAGUUGUAGCAUCUAUGCUGUUUUCAUUGUUGCCGAGCAAGAAAGCGAAAAGAAGUGACCAAGUACUAUUAUAAAUAUAUACAGUUUUAUUUCUGUUACUUUAGUGUACAGAAGCUCAAAGUAGAGCAAAAGUAACGCUUCACUUUACAGUCCCUUAAGUUUGAGGUAUUAACAGGUGAUUAUUUUGGGUACCAUGAUGGUAAAUUCCAAGACAGUCUUACUAAAUUACACUGAAAAGCCCAGCAGGUUUAGCUAUUAAACAAAACAUAUUCAAAGAACAUAUUCAUAAUUUAAGACAAGACAUUACAAGUGAACAGAGUAACUUUUGAAAACAAUAGAUAUCAUAGUGAAUGUAUUUUUUUGUGUUAAACAUUUUACAAACAUACAUUUAGAUAUGCAAAUAAGACUAUCUAUUUAAAUAUGCAUACUUACAUGGAUCAUUUGUGUGAAUGUCAUCAUCAGUUCAAAGGAAACAUUCUACAGAAAACAAACUUUUCAGUGAUAUAUGAUGCAACAUGGUUGUGCCGUUUGCGGGCGGAGCUAAUCCUUCAUUAAAGGUGCUAACUUUUGGAAAAUAAAGUUAGAUACAAAGUUGCUAAAUGCACUGAAAUAAAUGUAUUUCUGUUGAGUUUUGACAUUUUUUUAUUGAUUACAGUUUAAGAGAAAAUCCAAAAAUCUGAAAAAUGAUUGUUGGGCCAAAAUCAUGAUUUUCUGCUUGUAUUGCCGUGACUUCAUAAUAUGCACAUCGUUUCACUGUAAUGUCACAAGUUUAAGCAAGAAAGUUAAUCGUAAAAAUCUAAGUAAUUGGGAAGGAGCCAGUGGCACCAUACUAAGAAUCAAUUUGUUCACGUUCAGUUUAGUUUCUAGGUUAUAGAAUGCGUACUCUAUAGGACACUUCACUUUCACACGCCAAGACAAGGCGUUUUCACACUUGUCUCAAAUAUUUGAGUCUGCACUGAAGACCGAUUCUGGGCUCGUUUGGAGGAGGGGCUCAUCAUUGCUUUCACACUCAAGAAUUCUAUCCAAACCAGGAAUCUGUUGCAUAAUUCCAUACGUCACUUUUCUGCAUGCAGGUUUGCAAAAUGGUAGGCUCUAGCCUCACCCGUUUGCUGCUUUUUACCGUUUUCCUUGGGUACAAACACUCAAGCGGCACAGAACAGCAUUUUUAAGCUUAAAAACAGCUUUCACACUUAAUCAAAUGUGCCGAACUCUUAAAGCAAGCUUACCUGGGUUCGGAAAAAGGCCGUAGUGUGAAAAUGUCCCUAGGCUAUGUUCGUAUUGCUAGGCUAAAGUUGCACAAAUCAGAAUUUUUUAAUUUUUUUUAAUUUUUAUUAUUUUAUUUUUUUUUAAAGAGUUGUGUGGACAAACAAAUCUGAUCUUUUCAAAUCAGAUCUGAGCCACUUUGGCUGUGUUCAGACUGCAGGCAAAUCGGAUUUGUUUCUCAAAUGAGAUCUUUUGAGACAACUGUCCACACUGUUAUUAUAUAUAUAUUAAAUAUAUCAGAUUGGAUAUCCAGACGUCACCAACCUAUCUGCAUGGGUUUCUUCGGUAACGGCGGGCAGUCUGGCCUUUCAUAUGUGGUCCUAUAUUGGAUACAUAUCCGAUUUGUGGCAACGUUAAUGAGAACACUCAG